AUGCUGUCUGCGGGAAAACUUAUCUGGAUAUCAUGUCGACCGCUGCUCCGACUGAUUUUCUGUGUUUCUUCUGGUUUUGCCAUAGCCAAGGCGGACAUAUUUCCACCUGUCGCCGCCGCAGGGGCCGGCCAGAUCUUACUUAACAUCACUCUCCCAUGCUUGAUGUUUUCCAAAAUCGUCCCAGCAUUCACUUCACAAAAUGUCAAUGCGCUAGGUCCACUCAUCCUCGUCGCGCUUUUGUACGAGAUAAUAGGCGCCAUCUUUGCAUGGAUUAUCAAGCAAUUCUUCUGGGUGCCGCAUAGGUUCAGAUACGGAUUCAUCGUCGCUGGAGGGUGGGGAAAUGUGGGUGAUAUUCCAACGGCGGUCAUCAUGAGCAUAACAGGGGCCGCUCCGUUUCGAGGUGUCCAAGAUCAGAAUCUCGCCGUCGCAUAUAUAUCGGCUUUUAUUCUCGUGUUCAUGGUAACUUUAUUUCCUUUUGGAGGACACAAGUUGGUAGCAUGGGAUUUCGCAGGUCCAGAUGUAGAACAUGAAGAAGUCCGAGAGGCCAUGCGACUGAAGCGCAAGGUCAUGUUCCAUUCCGUCUGUCGAUUAUGGCGGAAAAAGUCAGAUAAAGGAGACCGUGAGCCUGUCAUCGAUGUUCCUGAAAAUACGACGGAAAAGGAAACACCAUCCGGAACAUUGGUUCAGCGCAAGCAAGUAUCGUUUGACCAAAAUUGCUCAAAGGGUGCCAAAGAUGUAGGCAUACUGUCGCCCUCGUGCUCUCUAUCUCCUACCGAAGUCAAUUACCCGAUUUCGGACUCGCCAGACGGCAACGCGACGAUGACGAGGGUUAACACCUUGUCGAACGAAGGUCAACCCAUUUCACAGCCAGGAGUCAACAAAGAAGCAGUCAUUGAGGUUCUUCCAACACACGUAACGCAGACAUCGAAAUCCUCCUUCGGUCAUUACAUUAAUCGAGAACGCGUGCUGGAGUUCUUCAAGGCGCUUCUGACUCCAUCGUCAAUUACGAUUUUGACGUCAUUCCCUAUUGCACUGAUUCCCAAAAUCAAAGCACUCUUUGUGGAAGUACCUGGUACAUACAUGCCACCUGCUCCAGAUGGUCAACCUCCACUUGCAUUCCUGCUCGACGCAACCACUUUUGUUGGGGCCGCCUCCGUUCCUCUAGGCCUAGUCUGCCUGGGAUCCUCAAUCGCUCGUUUGAAUAUGCCUAGGAAGGGAGAAUGGAAAAACCAACCAAUGGGUGCAAUCAUUUGGCUAUCAAUUGCGAAGAUGGUGAUCAUGCCUGUUGUUGGGGUUCUGAUGUGCCAAGGAUUAACACAGGCCGGUGUGAUAUCAAAGGACGACAUUAAACAUUUAACAUUUUUCUCUAGUUUCUUCUCAUGUCUACCGACGGCCACAGUCCACGUCCUGUUGACACAGGUUUACAGUGGGACUGGAAGCGCGGAGCAUCUAUCUCCUUUCUUGAUUCCUCAAUAUAUCCUCAUGUUCAUUUCGAUGACGGCUCUAACAGCCUACACUAUUCAAUUAAUUUUCUAG